AUGGCUUCGGCGUCAACCAUUUCUGGCGCCAUGCCGCAAAAGCGGCCCAAAGUCAAUCCGGCUGAUGCUGUUCACGAGUCCACGUUUACCUCCGAGCUCAGUGCCAUGGAUGUGGGGGCAGACCAGAUUGAAAACGAACCUGCUCUAGCCACGCGUGCCAAGUGGACCCGUCCCGAGGCGCCCUUGAUCAACCCCGCAUCCGAGGCACUCAUUUUCCAACAGCUAGAGUUAGAUAGCUACCUCGGCUCUCCAGUAUCAAACAUGCCUGGCCCACAGACUGACACUGUGCAGAUUGUUCGCAUGUUUGGCGUCACGGCCAAGGGCAACAGCGUCAUGCUCCACGUUCAUGGCUUUGCACCCUACCUCUACUGCACCAUGCCCAACAACUUGACAGAGAGCCAUCUCCGUGAAUUCAAGACCAAGCUUGAUGUCUUGAUCAAAAAUCAAACGGCUGCUGCCAAAAACUUUUCCGAAGUGGUGCUGGCCGUGGAAAUUGUCGAGAAGGAGAGCAUCUAUGGCUACAAGGGCACGGGCAAAAUCAAUUUUCUCAAAAUCACACUCAUUCAGCACAAGUUUAUCAGUACUACACGCCGCAUCCUUGAGGGCGGAUCGCUCUCAAUCUCCAUCGGCCCUUGCGUAUGCUUUUCUCCUGUCCUUGCCAAGAGUGUGCCAACAGUGGCCACUUUGCACGUGCCUUCCCUACGCGCAUUGCUCACCCCGUCGCGUUUACAGGCUCUGCAAGUCUACGAGGGCAAUCUGGAAUUCAACCUUCGAUUCAUGGUCGACACUCAAGUGGUCGGCUGCAACUGGAUCGAAUUGCCCGCUGCCAAGUACCAAAUGCGGAAUGAAGAAGACAAGGUCUCUUACUGCCAGUAUGAAUGUGACAUUGCUUACAACAACCUGGUGUCGCAUGCACCCGAAGAUCGCUGGCAAGAGAUUGCCCCAUUGCGGAUCCUCAGCUUUGAUAUCGAGUGCCAAGGGCGCAAGGGCGUCUUCCCGGAUCCCAACGAGGACUCGGUCAUCCAAAUUGCCAAUAUGGUGCAGAUUCAAGGCCAGAGCAAACCAAUCAUCCGCAACGUUUUCACCCUUGACUCAUGUGCCGCCAUUGUGGGCUGCGAUGUUCGAGAGUUUGCUGACCCCACGUCCAAGGUGAGCCUCAAGCCCGGCUCUAAGCGCAAUGAACUCGAAAAGCAAAUGCUUGAAGCGUGGUCGGAGUUUGUUCGCGAAGCAGACCCCGACGUCAUCACAGGCUAUAACAUUCCCAACUUCGAUCUGCCUUACCUAUACAACCGUGCCAACAAGCUUGGCGCCACAAAAUUUCCCUUUUUGGGCCGCCUGAAAAACGUGCAAAGCCGCCUGACAGACGUCAAGUUCAGCUCCAAGGCUUACGGCACGCGCGAAUCCAAGGCGCUUAGCAUGGAAGGCCGCGUCACUUUUGAUGUUUUGCAGGUGCUGCAGCGCGACUACAAGCUGCGCUCCUACUCACUCAACUCGGUCAGUGCCAACUUUCUCGGCGAACAAAAGGAGGACGUACAUCACAGCAUCAUUACAGACUUGCAGCUUGGCAAUGAUCAGUCCCGUCGUCGAUUGGCUGUAUACUGCAUGAAGGAUGCUUAUCUUCCCCUGCGCCUCCUGGACAAGCUCAUGUGCAUUGUCAACUACAUUGAGAUGGCGCGUGUCACCGGCGUUCCGUUCAGCUAUCUCCUCUCGCGUGGCCAGCAAAUCAAGGUCGUUUCACAGCUGAUGCGCCAUGCUGGCGAGCACGACCUCAUCAUUCCAGUCAUGGACAGUCAGGCUUCAGAGGAGCAGUAUGAAGGCGCAACCGUCAUCGAGCCCAAGCGAGGUGAUAUUCUAUCGUGCUUUCUUGGUGCUGGGCUGGGUCAUGAUCUCAAUACAUGUGGUGGCGGUCUGGACAUUCGUUUCAAUGCUCGGCCCAUAGGCUACUAUGACAUUCCCAUCGCUACUUUGGAUUUCAGCUCGCUGUACCCCUCCAUUAUGCAGGCUCACAACCUUUGCUACACUACUUUGGUCAAGGACAAGAGUGUGCUGGGCAAUCUCAAGCCGGAUGAGUACAUUCGCACUCCAACCGGGGACCAUUUCGUCAAGACCAAUGUUCGCCAGGGCUUGCUGCCACAAAUUUUGACCUCGCUGUUGGAUGCCCGCAAGCGCGCUAAAAAGGAUUUGAAAAAUGAAAAAGACCCUUUCCGCCGCUCAGUUCUCAACGGCCGACAGCUUGCGCUCAAGAUUUCUGCCAACUCCGUGUAUGGCUUCACGGGCGCAACAGUGGGCAAGUUGCCCUGCUUGGAGAUUUCCUCCUCUGUGACGGCCUUUGGACGGCAAAUGAUUGAGCAAACAAGACAAAAGGUCGAGGAACACUACUCCAUUGCAAAUGGUUACAGCCAUGAUGCUGAAGUCGUUUAUGGUGACACGGAUUCCGUCAUGAUCAAGUUUGGCACCACCACGCUCGAGGAGACCAUGAAACUUGCUGAGGAAGCUGCGCAAGUUGUGACGGAGACCUUUGUUCGGCCCAUUAACCUGGAGUUUGAGAAGGUGUAUUUUCCCUACCUCCUCAUCAACAAAAAGCGCUAUGCCGGGCUCUACUGGACGCGUCCGGAAAAGUGGGACAAGAUGGAUUCCAAGGGCAUUGUGACUGUUCGCCGUGAUAACUGCCCACUGGUGGUCUCCCUGAUCAACACCUGUCUUCACAAGCUCCUCAUCGAGCGCGAUGUCGAAGGUGCCGUCGAGUACGCCAAAAAGGCACUGAGCCGUGCGGCUGAAGACUAUGAUGGCAAACAAGCUCAUGUCGAGCUGGCGGAGCGGAUGCGCAAGCGUGAUGCUGGCUCUGCACCAACCCUUGGUGAUCGUGUGGCUUAUGUCAUCAUCCAGGCCCGCAAAAACGCACCCGCUUUUGAAAAGUCGGAAGACCCGAUUUAUGUGCUGGAGAACAAUGUACAGCUGGAUGCACAAUACUAUCUGCACAAUCAACUGGCAAAGCCUCUGAUGAGCAUCUUUGAACCCAUCAUGGGUGACAAGGCCAAGACCCUUUUAUCAGGGGAUCAUACCCGCGUUGUGGUCAAGCGCUCCAACUCCAACUCCUCGGAAGGGCUCUUCAAGUUUACUAAAAAACGUGAAACCUGUCUCGGCUGCCGUGCCCUUCUCAACGACAGCGGUAUGUUCUCUCUCUCUCUCUCUCUCUCUCUCUCUCUCUCUCUCUCUCUCUCUCUCUCUCUCUCUCUCUCUCUCUCUCUCUCUCUCUCUCUCUCUCUCUCUAUUUUUCUGCAAUUCUCAUGGUCGUGUCGUCUCUUGUGCUUUACAGGUGCUUUGUGCGCGCGAUGCAAGCGGGACGAGGCUGUUCAUUAUCAACGCGAGCAAGAACGUUUGGCAGCCUUGGAAGAACGAUUUGCGCGGCUAUGGUCACAAUGCCAGCGCUGCCAAGGGUCAUUGCAUCAAGACGUUCUCUGCACCAGCCGCGAUUGCCCGAUUUUCUACAUGCGGCACAAGGUUCAAAAGGAUCUCAAAUCACAGGACCGCGUGCUGCAGCGUUUUGACACGGCUUGCUGUUCAAUUGACUUGAAUUCCACUGCCGAGCCUUGUCAAAAGUGCGCCAAUUUGCUUCGGGUGUUUGGGGGCUACCGUGUGUGCUGUUUGACGAAGGAUUCCCAAUUUGCCAAUGUGCGACCCAAGAGCGAGAGAAAAGAGUCAUGCCUUAGCCAGAGCCCAUGUCAAGGCAUCAAAAAGAUAUAUCAUUUGAGGACGUACCGGCUCUACAACGUUGUUCGCCUGAAGCCAUUGCUGGAGGAUGAACGUCUCGGCGGCGCAAUCAUAACAGUGGUCCGUGCCUUCUGCCUGUGGACAUUUGACAUCCCGAUGCAUGAGUUUCAAAGAUAUGUGGCCAUCACAAUCGGCUACAGACCGUGA